AUGAAGAGACGAGCAGAGUCCCCUCCUCUCGACGCCACCGACUCGCCCAACAAGAAAGUCAUGACCGGUAAUAACGGUUCCAAGAUGGACAUCGACAAGCCGCUGGCCGGCGCAGAGCAGCUGAAGGAGGUGACAAACGGCGGCAGCAACGGCGAGAUUGAUGAGUCGCUCUACUCCCGCCAGCUGUACGUGCUGGGUCACGAGGCCAUGAAGCGUAUGGGCUCAUCCAACGUGCUCGUUGUUGGUCUGCGUGGUCUGGGUGUGGAGAUUGCAAAGAACAUCGCUCUCGCUGGUGUCAAGAGUCUGACACUGUACGACCCCAAGCCAGCCAAGAUCGAAGACCUCUCAGCACAGUUCUUCCUCACUCCUGCAGAUGUUGGCAAGCCACGCGCUGCAGUCACUCAGCCACGCAUCUCGGAGCUCAACCCAUACACACCCGUCGACCUCCACCCAACCGACAACCUCACAAACGACCUUAGCCAGCUCAAGCGCUACCAGGUAGUGGUGCUGACAGACACGCCACUCCACGAUCAGCUCAAGAUCGCAGACUUCUGCCACGAGAACGGCAUCUUCGUCGUCAUCGCAGAUACCUAUGGCCUGUUCGGCUCCAUCUUCACUGACUUUGGCAAGAACUUCACGUGCGGUGACCCAACUGGCGAGAACCCACUGCAGGGUAUCGUUGCUGGCAUCGACAACGAAGGUCUGGUGUCGGCAUUGGAUGAGACGAGACACGGUCUGGAAGAUGGAGACUACGUCACAUUUUCCGAGGUGGAGGGCAUGGAUACGCUGAACGAUGGCACACCUCGCAAGAUCACCGUAAAGGGCCCAUACACUUUCUCGAUCGGCGAUGUCUCGAGCAUGGGACAGUACAAGCGCGGUGGUCUGUACCAGCAGGUCAAGAUGCCCAAGAUCAUGGACUUUGAGCCGCUGAGCAAGCAGCUCCAGAAGCCAGAACUUCUGAUCUCCGACUUUGCGAAGUUUGACCGACCUGGUCAGCUCCACGUCGCCUUCCAGGCGCUUCACAAAUUCGCCGAGCAGCACAACGGCGGCUACCCGCGACCACACAACGAUAGUGAUGCAGCGGAGGUAUUGAAGUUGGCGCAAGAGAUUGCAAAGAGCGUGGAAGAGACACCCGAGUUGGAUGAGAAGCUCAUCAAGGAGGUAUCAUACCAGGCACGUGGUGACUUGUGCCCAAUGGCAGCGUUCUUUGGAGGUCUGGCGGCGCAAGAGGUACUCAAGUCAGUGUCGGGAAAGUUCCACCCUGUCAAGCAGUGGCUGUACUUUGACUCGCUCGAAUCUUUGCCAGUGAACACCAAGCGUACCGAAGAGCUGUGUAAGCCGCUCGGCACACGAUACGAUGGCCAAAUCGCAGUGUUUGGCAAGGAGUACCAGGACAAGCUCAGCAAUGUCAAGCAGUUCCUUGUUGGUGCCGGUGCCAUUGGCUGCGAAAUGCUGAAGAACUGGGCGAUGAUCGGUCUUGCGACAGGACCGAACGGCAAGAUCAGUGUGACGGACCCAGAUCAGAUUGAGAAGAGCAACUUGAACCGACAAUUCCUCUUCCGAUCGAAGGAUGUGGGCCACCUCAAGAGCGAGUGCGCAUCAGCUGCAGUACAGGUCAUGAACCCUGACCUCAAGGGCAAGAUCGAGGUGAUGAGGGACAGAGUUGGCCAAGACACCGAGCACAUCUUCAACGAGAAGUUCUGGGGGAGCUUGGACGGUGUGACGAACGCGCUGGACAAUGUCGAAGCGCGUACAUACAUCGAUCGUCGAUGUGUCUUCUUCCACAAGCCUUUGCUCGACAGCGGCACUCUCGGCACCAAGGGCAACACCCAAGUUGUGCUCCCACGCAUCACAGAAUCAUACUCUAGCUCCCAGGAUCCUCCUGAACAAUCCUUCCCUAUGUGCACUCUGCGCUCGUUCCCGAACCGCGUUGAGCAUACCAUUGCAUGGGCGAAGGAGCUGUUCCACAGUCUGUUUGCAGGACCUCCAGAAAUCGUCAACACUUACAUCACCCAGCCAGACUACCUCGGAUCGGCGCUCAAGCAGUCUGGCAACGAGAAGCAGACUCUGGAGACACUCCAAGAGUACCUUGUCACGGAGAAGCCACAGAGCUGGGAUGACUGCAUCGAGUGGGCUCGCAAGCAAUUCGAGAAGCAGUACAACAACGCCAUCCAGCAGCUGCUGUACAACUUCCCCAAAGACUCCAAGACAUCGUCCGGCCAGCCGUUCUGGUCAGGACCAAAGCGUGCACCCGAUGCAGCACAGUUCGACCCCAAGAAUGAAACUCACUACUCCUUCAUCCUCGCCGCUGCCAAUCUGCACGCCUUCAACUACCACAUCAAGCCAAAUAACGACCGCAAGCACAUUACCGAAGUUCUAUCGCACCAGGUCAUUCCAGACUUCAACCCAGACUCGAACGUCAAGAUCCAGGCCGAUGACAAGGAGCCAGAUCCGAACGCUGGAGCAGACCUUGGCGACGACUCUGCGAAGCUUCAAGCGAUUAUUGCUUCGCUGCCACCACCAAAGAGCCUUGGCGACUUCCGCCUCGAGGCAGUAGAGUUCGAGAAGGACGAUGACACCAACUUCCACAUCGACUUCAUCACAGCUGCAUCCAACCUUCGUGCAGAGAACUACAAGAUCACGCCAGCUGACCGACACAAGACGAAGUUCAUUGCCGGCAAGAUCAUUCCCGCCAUCGCAACCACCACCGCACUGGUCACUGGUCUCGUCAUUCUCGAGCUUUACAAGCUGAUCGAUGGCAAAGAUGACAUUGAGCAGUACAAGAACGGCUUCGUCAACCUGGCGCUGCCAUUCUUCGGCUUCUCAGAGCCCAUCGCUAGUCCGAAGGGCAAGUACCUGGGUCCAGACGGCGAGGUUACCAUCGACAAGCUAUGGGACCGCUUCGAGACCGAGGAUGUCACGCUUCAGCAGUUCAUUGACGACUUCAGCAAGAAGGGUCUGGACAUCACCAUGAUCAGCAGCGGGGUCAGCCUUCUGUACGCGAGCUUCUACGCUCCCAGCAAGCUCAAGGACAGGCUACCGAUGCAGCUCUCCGCCCUCGUGGAGCACAUCUCCAAGAAGAAGGUCCCCGAGCACCAGCGUAACGUCAUCCUAGAAGUCACCGUCGACGACCAGACUGGCGAGGACGUCGAAGUUCCGUAUGUCAUGGUCAAGCUGGCGAAGUAG